ACAGCUCAGACGUGAGGUUCGCAGCAGGCCGAAGAGGAGGAAGAAGGGGCCGUGGGAGCAGAGUGGGUGGUUAUUGCCUCAGUGAGGGCUCUGAGGGUCCCACUGGAAGAGGCAGGGGGGAUCUGGGCUUGGGCAGGGGCUCUGGAAUGCAGCCCCCUUCACUGCUGCUGCCGCUGCUGCUGCUGCUGUGUUGGUCAGUCGUCCAGACCAGAGGGCUGCAGUGCGGGAGUUUCCCAGAACCCUGUGCCAAUGGAGGCACCUGCCUGAGCCUAUCUCAGGGGCAAGGGACCUGCCAGUGUGCCCCUGGCUUCCUGGGUGAGACAUGCCAGUUUCCGGACCCCUGCCAGGGUGCCCAGCUCUGCCAGAAUGGAGGCAGCUGCCAAGCCCUGCUUCCCACCCUUCCCAGCCCCCCCAGCCCUCCCUCUCCCUCGGCCCCCAGCUUCCUCUGCACCUGCCCCUCUGGCUUCACUGGUGAGAGAUGCCAGGCCCAGCUCAAGGACCCCUGUUCCUCCUUCUGUUCCAAAAUGGGCCGCUGCCACGUCCAGGCCUCGGGCCGCCCACAGUGCUCCUGCAUGCCGGGAUGGACAGGUGAGCGCUGCCAGCUCCGGGACUUCUGCUCAGCCAACCCCUGCGUCAACGGAGGGGUGUGUCUGGCCACAUACCCCCAGAUCCAGUGCCGCUGCCCACCUGGCUUCGAGGGCCAUGCCUGCGAACGCGAUGUCAACGAGUGUUUCCUGGACCCAGGACCCUGCCCCAAGGGCACCUCCUGCCAUAACACCCUGGGGUCCUUCCAGUGCCUCUGCCCUGCUGGGUGGGGGGGUCCACGCUGUGAGCUCCGGCCAGGACCCUGCCCCCCCAGGGGCUGUCCCAGUGGGGGCACCUGUCAAGUGGUUCCAGGGAGAGACUCCACCUUCCACCUCUGCCUGUGUUCCCCAGGUUUCACAGGCCCAAGCUGUGAGGUGAAUCCAGAUGACUGUGUCGGGCACCAGUGUCAGAACGGGGGCACCUGUCAGGAUGGGCUGGGCACCUACACGUGCCUCUGCCCAGAGGCCUGGGCAGGCUGGGAUUGCUCUGAAGAUGUGGACGAAUGUGAGGCUCAGGGUCCCCCUCGCUGCAGAAACGGGGGUACCUGCCAGAACUCAGCUGGCGGCUUCCAUUGUGUGUGUGUGAGCGGCUGGGGGGGCACGGGCUGCGAGGAGAACCUGGACGACUGUGUUGCCGCCACCUGUGCCCCAGGUUCCACCUGCAUCGACCGUGUGGGCUCCUUCUCCUGCCUCUGCCCACCUGGCCGCACAGGCCUCCUGUGCCACAUGGAGGACAUGUGUCUGAGCCAGCCGUGCCACCGGGAAGCCCAGUGCAACACCAACCCCCUGAGGGGCUCCACAUUCUGCGUGUGUCAGCCUGGCUACACGGGGCCCACUUGCCACCAGGACCUGGACGAGUGUCAGAUGGCCCAGCAAGGCCCCAGUCCCUGUGAACACGGCGGCUCCUGCCUCAACACGCCCGGCUCCUUUGACUGCCUCUGUCCCCCUGGCUACACGGGAUCCCGCUGCGAGGCCGAUCACAAUGAGUGCCUGUCGCAGCCCUGCCACCCUGGCAGCACCUGCCUGGACUUGCUCGCCACCUUCCAGUGCCUCUGCCCACCAGGCUUAGAAGGGCGGCUCUGUGAGGUAGAGACAGACGAGUGCGCCUCUGCCCCUUGCCUGAACCAGGCUGACUGCCACGACCUGCUCAAUGGCUUCCGGUGCGUCUGCCGGCCCGGAUUCACUGGCCCCCGGUGUGAGGAGGACAUCAACGAGUGCAGAAGCUCUCCCUGCGCCAACGGUGGGCAGUGCCAGGACCAGCCUGGAUCCUUCCAUUGCAAGUGUCUCCCAGGCUUUGAAGGCCCACGCUGUCAGGCGGAGGUGGACGAGUGUCUGAGUGGCCCAUGCCCCACUGGAGCCAGCUGCCUUGACCUCCCAGGAGCUUUCCUUUGCCUCUGCCCAUCUGGCUUUACAGGUCAUCUCUGUGAAAUUCCCCUGUGUGCCCCCAACCUGUGCCAGCCCAAGCAAAGAUGCCAGGAUCCGGAGGAAGAGGCCCACUGCCUCUGCCCCAGUGGAAGCCCUGGCUGUGCCCCAGCUGAAGACAACUGCACCUGCCACCAUGGGCACUGCCAGAGAUCCUCGUGUGUGUGUGAUGUGGGUUGGACAGGACCGGAGUGUGACACAGAGCUGGGGGGUUGCGUCUCCACACCCUGUGCCCACGGAGGGACCUGCCACCCCCAACCCUUUGGCUUCAACUGCACCUGCCCCGCAGGUUACACAGGGCCCACUUGCAGCGAGGAGGUGACAGCUUGUCACUCAGGGCCCUGUCUCAACGGUGGUUCCUGUAGCCCCAGCCCUGGGGGCUACUCCUGCACCUGCCCUCUGAGCCACACCGGGCUCCGCUGCCAGACCAGCAUUGACCACUGUGCCUCUGCACCGUGCCUCAAUGGGGGCACCUGUGUGAACAGGCCCAGCACCUACUCCUGCCUCUGCACCACGGGCUUCCAGGGCCUACGCUGCGAGGGAAGGAUCCGUCCCAGCUGUGCGGACAGCCCCUGUAGGAACAGGGCAACCUGCCAAGACGGCCCUCAGGGUCCCCACUGCCUCUGUCCCCCUGGCUACACAGGAGGCAGCUGCCAGAUGCUGAUCGACUCAUGCGCUCAGAAGCCCUGUCCACACAAUUCCCACUGCCUCCAGACUGGGCCCUCCUUCCAGUGCCUGUGCCUCCAGGGAUGGACUGGGCCUCUCUGCAACCUACCGCUGUCCUCCUGCCAGAAGGCUGCUCUGAGCCAAGGCACAGAAGUCUCUUCCGUGUGCCAGAAUGGAGGCAUCUGCAUCGACAGCGGCCCCUCCCAUUUCUGCCACUGUCCCCCUGGAUUCCAAGGCAGUAUAUGCCAGGAGAGGGUGAACCCCUGUGAGUCCAGGCCCUGCCAGCACGGGGCCACCUGCAUGGCCCAACCUAAUGGUUAUUUCUGCCAGUGUACACCAGGCUACAGUGGACAGAACUGCUCAAAGGAACCUGACGCUUGUCAAUCCCAGCCCUGUCACAACCAUGGAACGUGCACCCCCAAACCUGGAGGCUUCCACUGUGCCUGCCCUCCAGGCUUUGUGGGGCUGCGCUGUGAGGGGGACGUGGAUGAAUGUCUGGACCAGCCCUGUAACCCCACAGGCACUGCAGCCUGCCACUCUCUGGCCAAUGCCUUCUACUGCCAGUGUCUGCCUGGACACACAGGCCAGUGGUGUGAAGUGGAGCUAGACCCCUGCCAGAGCCAGCCCUGCUCCCACGGAGGGUCUUGUGAGGCCACAGCAGGACCACCCCCAGGAUUCACCUGCCACUGCCCCCAGGGUUUUGAAGGCCCCACCUGCAGCCACAGAGCCCCCUCCUGCGGUCUCCAUCACUGCCACCACGGUGGCCUGUGUCUGCCCUCCCACAAGCCUGGAUUCCCACCCCGCUGUGCCUGCCUCAAUGGCUAUGGGGGCCCUGACUGCCUGACCCCACCCGUCCCUCCAGGCUGUGGCCCUCCUUCUCCAUGCCUACACAAUGGCAGCUGCUCAGAGACCCCUGGGCUGGGGGGCCCAGGCUUUCGAUGCUCCUGCCCUCCCAGCUCUCCAGGGCCCCGGUGUCAGAGGCCUGGAGCAAAGGGAUGUGAGGGCAGAAGUGGAGAUGGGGCCUGCGACGCUGGCUGCAGCGGCCCAGGAGGAAAUUGGGAUGGUGGGGACUGCUCCCUGGGGGUCCCAGACCCCUGGAAGGGCUGCCCCUCCCAUUCUCGGUGCUGGCUUCUCUUCCGGGAUGGGCAGUGCCAUCCACAGUGUGACUCUGAAGAGUGUUUGUUUGACGGCUAUGACUGUGAGACUCCUCUAGCCUGCAUUCCAGUCUAUGACCAGUACUGCCGUGAUCACUUCCACAAUGGACACUGUGAGAAGGGCUGCAACACUGCAGAAUGUGGCUGGGAUGGGGGCGACUGCAGGCCCGAAGACGGGGAUUCGGAGUGGGGGCCCUCCCUGGCCCUGCUGGUGGUGCUGAGCCCCUCAACCCUGGACCAGCAGCUGCUUGCCCUGGCCCGGGUGCUGUCCCUGACUCUGAGGGUAGGGCUUUGGGUAAGGAAAGAUAGUGAUGGCAGGAACAUGGUGUACCCCUAUCCUGGAGCCCAGGCCGAAGAGGAGCUAGGAGGAGCCCCAGACCCCUCUCACCAUGAGAGAGCAACCCCUCAAACACAGCCUACAGGCAAGGAGACGGACUCCCUCAGCACUGGGUUUGUGGUGGUGAUGGAUGUGGACUUGUCCCGCUGUGGCCCCGACCAUCCUGCAUCCCGCUGUCCCUGGGACCCUGGGCUCCUGCUCCGCUUCCUUGCUGCGAUGGCCGCAGUGGGGGCCCUGGAGCCCCUACUGCCAGGACCCCUGCUGGCUGCCCACCCUCGUGCAGGCACCGAGCCCCCCGCCAACCAGCUUCCCUGGCCUGUACUGUGCUCGCCGGUGGCCGGGGUGCUUCUCCUGGCCCUCGGGGCUCUUCUCGUCCUCCAGCUCAUCCGCCGGAAGCGCCGAGAGCAUGGGGCCCUCUGGCUGCCCCCUGGGUUCACUCGAAGGUCUCAGACUCAGCCAGUUCCCCGCCGACGCCGGCCCCCGCUGGGCGAGGACAGCAUCGGCCUCAAGGCACUGAAACCAGAGGCAGAAGUUGAUGAGGAUGGAGUUGUGAUGUGCUCGGGCCCCAAGGAAGGAGAAGAGGCGGACCAGGCUGAAGAAAUGGCCUCACCCUCCAAGUGCCAGCUCUGGCCUCUGAGUAGUGACUGUCAGGAGCUCCCCCAGGCAGCCAUGCUGACUCCUCCCCAGGAUUCUGAGAUGGAUGUCCCUGAUGUGGACACCCGUGGACCUGAUGGGGUGACACCCCUGAUGUCAGCAGUCUGCUGUGGGGGAGUGGAGUCCAGGACCUAUCAGGAGACAUGGCUGGGAAGCCCUGAGCCCUGGGAACCUCUGCUGGGUGGAGGGGCCUGUCCCCAGGUUCACACCGUGGGCACUGGGGAGACUCCCCUGCACCUGGCUGCUCGAUUCUCCCGGCCAACCGCUGCCCGCCGCCUCCUUGAGGCAGGAGCCAACCCCAACCAGCCAGACCGGGCAGGGCGCACCCCGCUUCACACCGCUGUGGCCGCUGAUGCUCAGGAGGUUUGCCAGCUCUUACUCCGCAGCAGACAGACUGCAAUAGAUGCGCGGACAGAGGAUGGGACCACAGCCCUGAUGCUGGCCGCCAGGCUAGCUGUUGAGGACCUGGUUGAAGAACUGAUUGCAGCCCAAGCAGAUGUGGGGGCCAGAGAUAAAUGGGGAAAAACCGCGCUGCACUGGGCCGCCGCCGUGAACAACGCCCGGGCCGCCCGCUCCCUUCUCCAGGCCGGAGCCGAUAAAGACGCACUGGACGGCAGGGAGCAGACGCCGCUGUUCCUGGCGGCCCGAGAAGGAGCCAUGGAGGUAGCCCAGCUGCUGCUGGGGCUGGGAGCCGCCCGAGAGCUGCGGGACCAAGCCGGGCUAGCGCCCGGGGACAUCGCACGCCAGCGCAACCACUGGGAUCUGCUGACGCUGCUGGAAGGGGCGGGACCACCAGAGGCUCGUCACAAAGCGACGCCGGGCCGCGGCGCCGGCGCCUUGCAGCGCGCGCGGACUGCAUCAGGAAGCGUGCCCCCGCGUGGGGGCGGGGCUCAGCCGCGCUGCCGGACGCUGUCAGCCGGAGCCUAUCCUCAAGCCCGGACUUUGUCCGUAGACUUGGCCGCCCAUGGGGGCGGGGCCUAUUCCCACUGCCGAAGCCUAUCGAAAGGAGCAGGAGAAGGCCCGCCCCUCCGCGGCCGUAGGUUUUCUGCAGGCAUGCGCGGGCCUCCGUCCAACCCUGCAAUAGUGCGAGGAAGAUCCGGGGUCGCGGCCGGGAGCGGGGGUGUGGCCUCGGCUGUUGACUGGCCCUGCGAUUGGGUGGCUCUAGGAGCCUGCGGCCCCGCCUCCAACACUCCAAUCCCGCCUCCUUGCCUCACUCCGUCCCCUGAGCGGGGAUCCCCUCAAGUUGCAUGGGGUCCCCCAGCCCACCAAGUAAUACCCUUAAAUGCGGGAGGCGAGGGUGAGAAAUAAAAGGCUGCAUGUCAGGGAGGGAUUCUAAAAGAGAGUACUCAUUAAAUGACAAGCAGUAUGGAAGGCCUCCAGAUUUUAAGAUCCUUGAGCCUCCAAAGUGAGGGGUCAUGAGUGUAGUGUCUCUCCCAAAAUGGUGUAUGCCACAUCGUCUUCCACGUGGAGAAACUGCAGCCCUGGAAAGAGGGUUCGGGGUGCUGGGAUGAAGCAGGCCCAGCCUCUCUCACAGAAAAUAAGGAUGAGGUGUUACAGGAGGAUGGAGUGGAAUGGGAGAAGUACCCCUGAACCAAGAACUGCAGACAGAUAGAAUGUAAGAUGUUCUUUCCUGUAUACUGUUUCCAAAGGGAGCCUCUAUCGCCUGUAACCCCCACUACCCACAAACGGCUGACAGAUAUUUAUUGAGCACCUCCUGUGUGCCAGGCACUGUGUAGGCACAGAAGGCAGGGCCAAGGGUCACUCCAGCUGAUGACUCCUUGCAUUCUCCCCACCUCACCCCACCCCCAAACAAACCAUUGCAGGGAUGAAGUGCCACUCUUCUAGCCGCCACUAUAGCUAAGAACUCCAAAUCUGUCACCCCAUAAUAAAGCUGAUUUGAAGUGUUA